UAUUUUGUUAGUAUUUUGUUACAUUUUUGGGAAUCCUGUUUCCACCCCGCACAGUAGGUGGCGGGAUACACAUGAAGUUGUGCGAUCGCCAAAUAUACCAUAGAAGAAGAACAUUCCUCCAGGAAGAAGAUUCGGAGAGGCCAAAACCCUAAAAAAAUUCAACAGUGAAUGAGAUGGCAAAGAAUGGGGCAAGCUGUGAACAACCACAGAAGCGAGGAACCAAAGACAAACAGAAUGGACAUUUUGCAGACUCUGCGGUGAGUGAGAGGAGGCAGAAAGAUCGGGAGGAGCGUCUCGCUCUGGUGCUGUGGAGGAGGCCUAUCGUCACACUAAACUACUUCCUCUUGGAAACCUUCAUCACACUAAAGGAAUGGACAUUAAAGUUAUGGCAAAGAAGGGGUACAGUGUUCUUGAUCCUGGUAUUGUGUUCACUCUUCUCCCUUGCCUACUCCACUGAGGGAGCACACCAGAAGUAUGUGCAGUACCUGGAGAAGAGGUUCCUGUGGUGUGCCUACUGGGUAGGUUUGGGCAUCCUGUCCUCAGUAGGCCUUGGGACUGGCCUACAUACCUUCCUACUAUACCUGGGUCCACACAUAGCAUCAGUCACCCUGGCUGCGUACGAGUGUGGUUCUACAGACUUCCCCGAGCCCCCCUACCCAGACCAGAUCAUCUGUCCAGAGGGAGGAGUGGAGGGCAGCAUCUCACUCUGGUCCAUUGUCUCAAAGGUCCGCCUGGAAGCCUGUAUGUGGGGUGCAGGUACAGCUAUUGGGGAGUUGCCCCCCUACUUCAUGGCCCGAGCAGCCAGGGCAUCUGGAGCAGACCCAGACGACGAAGACUAUGAGGAGUUUGAGGAGAUGCUGGAGCAGGCACAGACUGCUCAGGAUUUUGUCACAAGAGCAAAACUGGGCGUUCAGAACAUGGUGCAGAAAGUGGGAUUCUUUGGGAUUCUAGCCUGCGCCUCGAUACCUAAUCCUCUGUUUGACCUGGCUGGUAUAACAUGUGGCCACUUCCUGGUACCAUUUUGGACCUUCUUUGGAGCGACGCUUAUUGGGAAAGCCAUCGUCAAGAUGCACAUACAAAAACUGUUUGUUAUUAUAACGUUCAGCAAGCACAUAGUGGAACAGAUGGUGUCUCUGAUCGGGUCUCUGCCGAGGGUAGGUCCCUCCAUACAGAAGCCUUUCAGUGAGUACCUGGAGGCCCAGAGGAGUAAACUCCACCACCACACUGGCGCUGGCACCCCGGCGACUGAGAACUGGCUGUCAUGGGUCUUUGAGAAGGUGGUUCUGGUCAUGGUCUGUUACUUUAUCUUCUCCAUCAUCAACUCCAUGGCUCAGAGCUACGCCAAGCGACGACAACAGAGUCGGCAGCAGAGGUACACUGAGGAGAAAACCAAAUGAUAAGAGACUCACCAACUGACUGCUGAGUCCCUCGGCUCUGUCUCAAACUAACCUUGCCCUUUUCCAUUCUUAAGAGGCUGAACUGGCACUAUUGUGUGUGCUUACAGAUGUAUACUGUUUGUUUGUCCUUAAGGUUUUGUAGUUUCCCCUCAUCUGUGUUUAGUGUGUGAUAUGUGAUAGGAUAUUAUGAGCAGUUAAGCAGAAACUGGAGGUCAACUGUUUUGCUGGCAGCUAUACCAGCUGCAAUGCCUUAUGCAAGGUGGAGGGUCCUACUUCCAUUGAACACAGUUCUUAAAUCACUAGACUUGAUUUGUACCAAAUUUUUCACUGUAUGGAUGGACUCAGACAUUGUGUAUGCUGAUAUGAUGCUAAGGACAUUUUCAGGGUUACAUUUUCUUGUGUUUUGUCCUGUUGAUCAGAAAUAGACCAUCUGUCAUUUUGUGUUUCUUGGAAAUAGCAAUAUCAAGUCGGAUCAAUGUGUUAUUGGUUUGCACAUCCUGGAAAUAUUUUUGGGACGGUAUGUAUGCACAUAUAUUUUGAAUGAUCUGGACGAACUAACUUGGACCAAAACGGAACAAAAAGGAUUUGUAACUUAACAUUACACUCAGCUAACUUAGUGUCAUUUUUAUUCUGUACAUUUAGACGGUCUUUGAGCAGAAUAUAUAAAAUGCCUAAAUCAUUCU